AUGCGCAUAUUUUCGAACCUUCUGGCUCUUCUCAUAGCAGUUACUCUGGUUUCUGCUUAUCCAGCUCCAUCGGACCCCUAUGGAGAUUCAGUUUGGAAGAGUGGCCAGCAGGUCACGAUAAAGUGGGCGGACUCUGGGAGUCCACCGGCUAAAUCGAUGUCGGGGAUCUGUGUCCAGUUAAUGACUGGACCGGAUCUUCAACAAAUUCCUUUGACUACACUCGCCAAUAAGCUCCCAACGAGCGCUACAUCAUUACCCAUCACAGUACCCGAUAUCAAACAGUUCGGGUAUCCUCCGGGUAAAAUUUAUUUUCUAAUGUUCUCUGACUCGGCGACGCCGAGCUCUGGUCUCAGCUGGACGACGAGAUUUACUAUACUCGAUGACAGCAACACAACGCCAGUAUCAUACACCCCAGGAACACCAUGGACCAUUUCAAAGGGUGGUAGUCCGGCGACCUCAGCCGUAGCAUCAAACACAACGGUGCCAACCGCCACCGACACCGCGACAACAGAUGACGCUUCAUCCUCCGCAGCGUCCUCUUCAACCGGAGCGUCAUCAAGUUCCUUUUCCAGUGUAGUAGUGGUAACUUCAUACGUCACUGGUACUGACUCGUCAGACGACACCUCUAAAACCGGUACUGGUUACAACACACCCGUAGUAACCUCCAAUCCUGAUUCUAAUUCAUCUCCAACAAGCUCCGGUUCGACGAGAGUUUGUGUCUGGAACGGUAGUAUUUUAACUAUUAUUGCAUGGGUUGCUUUCGCCUAUGCCAUAUAA